GAUGGUGUUGUGUUGGUGUGUUGUGUGUCCUAUACUGUGAGCCUUCCACCCAACACUCUCUCUUAAAUGACACCACAAUGAGCAAGGGUAUAAGGAACUUGGUGUCAAAAAGAAAGAGAAGGUUUAAAGAAGAUGGAUAUGAUUUGGAUCUUAGUUAUAUCACAGAUCGUCUUAUUGCCAUGGGCUUCCCUGCUCAGAAGCUGGAGGGGGUGUACAGAAACCACAUUGACGACGUUUGCCGCUUCUUAGAGGACAGACACAAGGACCACUACAGAAUAUAUAAUUUGUGCUCUGAAAGAAAUAGAUCGUAUGAUAUAGCAAGAUUUCAUAACCGCGUUAGAACCUUCCCGUUUGCUGACCACAAUCCUCCUCCUUUGAUUGACAUCGAGCCAUUGUGCAAAGACAUGGCAGAUUGGCUUAACGCAGAUCAGAAAAAUGUGGCUGUUGUGCACUGUAAAGCUGGAAAGGGACGAACAGGUGUCAUGAUAUGCUGCUACUUACUUCACUGCCGGUUCAAAAUUUUAGCACAAGACGCAUUGGAUUUUUAUGGAGAUAAGAGAACUUUUGAUAGAAAAGGAGUAACUAUACCCAGCCAAAGAAGAUAUGUGGAGUACUAUGCCAAACUAGUCACCUCAAACUUUAAUUAUAAUCCACCUUAUGUCCGCCUCAGGGAAGCCAGAAUGACUGCACCAUUAUCCAGUGUAAACUCAGAGGUGUAUCUGGUAAUAAGCACCCACAAUAACAAAAAGGGUUAUAGCUCGCAACCGUGUGACGUGCGAAAAGGCAAGGAAUGGCUGCUCCUACCCGUCAAGAAUGAGGAAGCCAGACCAUUUUCAGGGGAUAUCAAGAUUGAGUUGAAAAGAACCAACUUUGUUAGACGAACAGACAAAUUACUCAGUGCCUGGUUAAAUACGCACUUUAUAUUCGAGGAAGGGAAAAAAAUAACUAACGGCUGCGAAAUUACGGCGUCUGACCAAAAUAAUCACAACACCUGCAACACACAGAAUAUCAGACAAAGAAGUAAUAGUUUUCGUGUGGCCAAGCAUGACUGCUUUAGGCACAAGAGACGGGAGUCAGCAGAAGCGAGGGCACAUCCCGCCGGCCUCGGCGGGGACAGGCAAGACUCUCGCAAGUCCGAGAGGCACAGUCGCGAUCGGGAAGAGAGCAAGAGCCUCCCCACGGGGCAUCUCACCAGCCUAACACAGGAGGACUGGCCUCCCCCCGGGGGUGAUCUCAGUCCCUUUUCUCGGCCCCGCCACCAAAAUCGUCAGCGUCGUCGUCACCAUACCCAGCAUCUCCCCGUGUGCGUCGGGGCGGGAGAUCCAUGGGACGAGGCGCGGGCGAGCGAGCAGGAGGUACUGGUGGUGUUGAAGAAGGACCAGUUGGAUAAGGCCAACAAGGACACACAUCACAAACUACUACCGGAAGACUUUCAGAUUGAAUUAUGGUGGCUGGUGUCGUACGUAAACAAAGGGAGCAGUAACGUGCUGGAGUCUCGAGAGAGCGGCUCUACCCCGAGUACCAUCACCCCUUCCGGCUCCUCGUCAGACACGGACGACGACGAUGAUGACGAAGAAGACGAAGACUGGGACUCAGAGGUCCUCGAGGAAGAUGUUACACCCUGGUAUGUACUCUAGCUCAUUUUCUGUACAUAAUCUGUGUUCUUCACCAUAUGUCUCUUCUGACUUGUCUCCUGAUGAAUUGUAGAGGGUAAAAAAAAAAAAUGCGUUUUCUUCUACAAUCCUUGCAAGUCUUAAGUCACGGCAGAUGUGGCCGAUAAUGAUGUUAGUUUGUGUGCAGAAAAUGAUGAGUACUUACUAAUUGGAUGUUGUUUUGUGUUUUGUUUUUUUUUUCUUCCCCUGUGUAACUUCUUCCGAGGGACUGACUGACCGACUGACUAGAAAGCGCAAACACCGAGGGAUUUUAUAAUCUCCCUGUACCGUACUCUUACUGUUUAUUAAAGAAAGUGUUUUAAACUGUGUAAAAUAGCACCCAGGCAAGCCAGUUUGGUGAGAUUUUCUUCAUUCUCAUUGUGAAAAAACAAAAGAAAUAUAAUCUUUCACGCAAAACUAAUACCAUGAAUACGUUACAUGUGCUAACUCCAGCAUCUCCACACACACACAGGCAGGCAUCCACACGCACGCAUGCUUGCACGUCGGCAUGUUGAGUCAUUCUUUAGCACAGCAGUAUAAUGGUUUGCUGGUCUUGGUGUUAUGUAAGGUCACGGAGAAGCUGUGUGUCGUGUUCUGGCAUUCCAGGUCAUUGUGUCACGUGAAAUAUUGUCAGGAGUUUUUAGGGUCAGUUUAUAAUCAUGGUAGGUUAGUGUUAAUCAUGGUAGGUUAAUGUUAAUCAUGGUAGGUUAGUGUUAAUCAUGGUAGGUUAGUGUUAAUCAUGGUAGGUUAGUGUUAAUCAUGGUAGGUUAGUGUUAAUCAUGGUAGGUUAGUGUUAAUCAUGGUAGGUUAAUGUUAAUCAUGGUAGGUUAGUGUUAAUCAUGGUAGGUUAAUGUUAAUCAUGGUAGGUUAAUGUUAAUCAUGGUAGGUUAGUGUUAAUCAUGGUAGGUUAGUGUUAAUCAUGGUAGGUUAGUGUUAAUCAUGGUAGGUUAAUGUUAAUCAUGGUAGGUUAGUGUUAAUCAUGGUAGGUUAAUGUUAAUCAUGGUAGGUUAGUGUUAAUCAUGGUAGGUUAAUGUUAAUCAUGGUAGGUUAGUGUUAAUCAUGGUAGGUUAGGUGUAAGUUAAGUGUCAUUUAGAGUCACUUUACUGCACAUAGAGAGGUGUCACAUAGAGCUGAGCUGGUCGGUUACCAAGUCCUUUCUUGACCGUCACUAUAUAGAGCCAAAGAGAGUGUGUUAUAAGACACUUCAUAUGUUUCCCGAGUGCCUCCACAUACAGCAGCAGAAUGAGAUAGAAUGUUUGAUAUUUUAACUUUUUCUCUUAGUAGCGCAGAGUGCAUGGUGAGUAUGUACUGUACUGUAUCUUACGUAGUACUGUAGUUUUGAUAUGGAAUAGUGUCUUAAUGUCUUGUUUAAUUACCUAGUACUCUACUGUAGGUAGUUAUUGAGUAAUUGCACGAUUAGUAUUGUUAGUUUGACAUAAAGUGAAUGUUUAAUUACAUGGUGAUUCGGUGUGUAUUACUUAGUUGCAAAGCCACAUCAACACUCACGCGCCUUAUUUAUAACAACUACCCCUCCCCACGCACGGGGAUAAUUAUGACCGCCUUGCACAGAAGAGUCAUGCUAUAUCUGUUUUUUGUCUUCGGAUAGAUUGUUUUGGCAACCUGUUAAUUUUCUUUAUAUAAAAUAAUUGAGUGUUCUUUUUCAUAACAACAGAAAAAAGUGAGAAAAAAAAGAAAAAAGGGAUAAUUUUGAUAAUGUGAAGUCUCGCAUUACAUUUGUUAAUACGAUCAACUUGUAUUUUAGUCAACAACCAACUAAGUAAGGAUAAUAAGUGUUAGAUUAAAAAAAAGCAGAUAUAUACGCUUUAUAUUGGUGAAUUUUUUUUUUAUGAGUACAGUAAUAAAGCUGGUUUUAGAAUUUUGCAAACAUGUACAGUUUGGUUGUAAGCAAUUUUUUAUUAAACAAAAAGCCAAUCCCAGCAGUUCACACACAAACAAUGUUUACAAGUUUAGAUAAGUGAAAUAGUGAAUUAAAUAAAAACAAAUUUUGUGAAAACUUUACAAACAGUUUUGCAGGCAAUAUUACUGAACAAUGGAGGGCAGGUGUGUGUGAGGGGGACAACAGAAGAAAAUUUAAAGGGAAAGUGCACAGCAUCUCCCUGCGUGACUGCUGGGAGACUACUGAAGUACUCGAGUCUUGACGCCCUCAUGCUCGGAAGGGUUGCCAUAUAUCUAAUUAGUAUUGGAUCACCACGAGAGAGAAUAGUUCGAGGAGUGACUAAAAAAAAUCUCAGGCGUCAGUCAUAAUUACUCAAUCUUUGGUGUUUUUUUUUCUUUUGAGUGCUGUGAGAAUGGCAUCCGUGCCAAUUGGACGAGAUGAAAACUGGCCUGGAUAUUGAGUCAAUGGUGCGCUGGAGUGUUAAGUGGGGUAGUUUGGAGUAGUGUGUGUCGAGGACCUGUAUAUAGUAUCCUGCUUAUUUACUGUGUUUCAUUAUCCCCAGAAGAGAACACAGUGUCAGUCUUGUUCAUUGUUUUACAUUGUACUGUACAGUAGUAUUAUUUACACGUAUGUUGUAUUCAUUAAGUUCACACCAAACGAAUUUCUAUGUUUAGCCUUGUUCUUAGUGUAGUGGUCUGUGCAUGGUGUGUGGCAUCCUGCUGAGAUAAAGUGUGGUCGAGUUUAUGAGAGUGAGGUGAGUGGGAGACAUGGGAUGAGUUAGGUAGAGUGGGGUGAGUGGGGAAACAUGCAAGGAGUGGGACAGCGAGGAAUAAUAUAGGAGAGAAUUUGGGCCAUAUAUAUGAUAACUAUGGUCAGAAAAACUCGUCCUUGGCGACUAAGUACCCCGAAAAAAGUCGCCAAUUAUAUUUUGUAUCAAGAGGAUUUACGAUUUUGUCUAUAAAUUCGUAAUUAAAAUGCAUCCGUUUGUAUAUUUAUUGUGUACGGUUGAAUUUGCUGUUGAUGAUGAGUUGUGAUUAGGGUAAGAGAGAGAGAGAGAGCAGGGGCAAAUUAGAAAGAUUAUCGGGGGAGGGGGGGUUUGUAUCUCUUGUGAUUUGACUAGCCAAUGGGGUAAUACAGUACCAAUUGGCUUUACCAGGAUGGAGUACAGUAUAAAUUUUCCACCACCCUGUAAUGCUUAUCGUGGCCACUACAUGACGAAUCAUCUGAGUCGAUCAUAAGGUCAUAAAGGAGCACUAUUACAAUGAUGCGGUGUCAUGUUUCGGAGUCACAGGUUGACGAGUUUCAGGGUUCAUGGAUGAGAGAGAGAGAGAGAGGAUCUUUGUGUGUGUGUGUUUGUACAAGAGAUAGUUUGAGGUUGAUGUUGAUUGAUGUCACUCAGUAUAAAGCAUGAUGAGGCUUGUCAGAAGUGUGAAAAAUCAUGGGUGGAAUGUCCGAGACUUAUGUAGUGAAAGAAUAGGGAAUGAUUGGUGUGUACGGUGGAACAAGGAAUGACGAUGACGGUGAUAGUCUCGGUAAGAAACAGAGUUCUUAAGCCUAGUGGGUAAAGUAUUUAUAAUAAGGUGGUUUUUAUUAAUUUCUUUAUUUAUUUAGCAUGAGUUUAAGUUUAGGAACAUUUUCAUAUUAGUUUCCUAAAUUUGUUAUGAAAAUAUUUGUAAUUUUUUAUUUGUAUAUUUUUUUCAUUAUUUAUUCGUUGUUUCUCUGUGGAGUAUGUGAGCACCAGCACCACCAUGUAUGUGUAAAUAUAAAUAAAAUAAAGUAGUUAGUACAGUUUAAUUAUACUAGUUUGUGAUAUGAUAAUUUAUGAUGAUAUCUGUCGUUGAAGCUGACAUUAAAUACUAGUAAUAAUGUGUGCUAGAGAAACUGUGUACAGUAUCUAUAUGUGUGGCCAGCAGGUAAUGGAGCUAACAGACACCAACAAGACGUGGUGGUGACUGAGUGUGGUUAUUCCGUCAUAUAUAUAUAUAUAUUGUUCAGUAGGCAUGAUGAGGCAAGUGCAUAACCUAAUUCUGUGCAUUGAUGUAUAAUACCAUAGCAUAUUAUUGUGUUGUUUUUUAUCCUUUGUCAUUAAUACCUUAUCUUGAUUCCUC